AUGUCGUCCUUCUUCCGCAGCGCCGCCGACUCGGACAGCUCGUCGUCGUCGUCGUCGGACGAGGAAGAGCUUCGCUCGUCCGGCUCCGACUCGGAUUCGGACGCCCCGCAGGCCAGCAAGGCCCCCGCCGCCGCCGCCGCCGCGGGUGCCGCAAAGCCCCGCGGCCGCUUCCUCAAGAAGGCCGGCUCGGGCUCGUCGUCGUCCUCGUCGAGCUCGUCCGAGUCGGACGCCGACGACUCGGACUCGGACUCGGACGCCGCGCCGUCGCGCCCGUCGGCCGCCGCCGCCGCCGCCGCCGGAGCCGCUGCCGAGGGCGGCGCCAAGAAGCCCAUGGGCUCGCGCUUCCUCAAGGGCGCCGCGUCCGACGACUCGGACGACAGCGACGACGACAAGCCCGCCGUCGUCAAGUCGGCCAAGGACAAGCGCAACGACGAGGUCGACGCGUGCGUCAAGGCCAUCGAGAACGGCGCCAAGAUCAACGACUGGGUCGCCAUCUCGAACGAGUUCGACAAGGUCGGCCGCCUCGUCCAGAAGACGGACCCGAUCCCGGUCAGCUUCUACCGCAUCCUCGCGUCGCUCGACGGCAUGGUCGCCCAGGCGCAGAGCGCCAAGAAGAAGAUGAACGCGACCAACUCCAAGUCGCUCAACUCGAUGAAGCAGAAGGUCAAGAAGACGCAGCGCGAGCACGAGUCGAGCCUCGCCCGGUACAAGGCCGACCCCGACGCGUUCGAGCGCAGCCUCGCCGCGCCCACCCUCGCCGCCGCCGCCGCCGCGCCGACGCCCAAGAAGGCCGCCAAGGGCCCGAUGACGGUCGCCGCCGACGCCGACGCCGACGACGACGACGGCUUCGAGACGGUCGGCGCCGCCAAGCCCAAGUCGGGCGCCGCCAUCGCCCAGGCCCAGGCCCAGGCGUCGUCGGACGGCAUCUACAAGGCCCUGACGGCCGUCCUCGAGGCGCGCGGCCGCAAGAACACGGACCGCGGCGAGCAGAUCCGCACGCUCGAGGGCCUCCUCGAGGUCGCGUCGACGACGUACCAGAAGAUCCGCGUCAUCCUCGCCCUCAUCGCGGCCCACCUCGACUACAACCCGGCGAGCAACACGCACAUGCCGCUCGAGGCGUGGAGCGCCGCGCGCGAGCAGCUCGACGCGCUCCUCCAGCUCCUCCUCGCCGACCGCAAGUUUGACGUGCGCGAGGAGGCGCCCGACUACGACGACCAGGUCGAGCGCACCCCGUCCGAGGCCGAGCCCGUCGUCGUCGUGCGCGGCAGCGUCAUCUCGUUCGUCGACCGCCUCGACGACGAGUUCACCAAGAGCCUCCAGAACCUCGACCCGCACGCCGGCGAGUACAUCGACCGCCUCAAGGACGAGCGCGUCAUGUACAACACGAUCGUCACGGCCCAGGUCCACUUUGAGCGCAUGGGCGACCAGGGCCGCGAGCACCUCGACCGCGUCGUCAUGCGCCGCCUCGAGCACAUCUACUGCAAGCCCGACGCCGUCACGCUCGCGCUCGAGGCGUCGCUCCCGUCGAUCGCGUCCCAGUCGUCGAUCUGGGCCUCGUCGACCGAGUCGUCCAACGCGUCGUCGUUCUCGGCCCUCGCGCUCGUGCGCGCCCUGUGCAUUCGCCUGUACAAGACGGCCAACUCGCUCCUGCGCACGCGCGCCAUGCUGUCGCACAUCUACCACUACGCCCUCCACGACGACUACUACACGGCGCGCGACAUGCUCCUCAUGUCGCACCUCCAGGACACGGUCGGCAACGCCGACGUGUCGACCCAGAUCCUGUACAACCGCACCGUCGUCCAGGUCGGCCUGUGCGCGUUCCGCCUCGGCCUCAUCCGCGAGGCCCAGUCGACGCUCCAGGAGAUCUUCGCGACGCAGCGCGUCAAGGAGCUCCUCGCGCAGGGCGUCCAGGCGCAGCGGUACACGACCUUGACGCCCGAGCAGGAGCGUGCCGAGCGCGCGCGCCAGUUGCCGUUCCACAUGCACAUCAACCUCGAGCUCCUCGAGGUCGUGUACCUCGUGUCGUCGAUGCUCCUCGAGGUGCCCCUCAUGGCCCAGGCCGGCGGCGACCGGGAGCAGCUCAAGAAGAAGGGCAUCUCCAGGACGUUCCGCCGCAUGCUCGAGUACGCCAACCGCCAGGUGUUUACCGGCCCGCCCGAGAACAAGCGCGACCACGUCAUGCAGGCGACAAAGGCGCUCCAGCAGGGCGACUGGCAGAAGUGCGUCGACCUCGUGCACGGCAUCAAGGUCUGGGGGCUCAUGCCCAACGAGAAGGAGGUCAAGGACAUGAUCACGCGCAAGAUCCAGGAGGAGGGCCUCCGAACCUACCUGUUCACCUACGCGCCGCACUACUCGUCCCUGUCGCUGCAGCACCUCGCCACGACGUUCGACCUGCCGCUGUCGGUCGCGACGUCGCUCGUGAGCAAGAUGAUCUGGACCGAGCAGCUCGACGCCAAGCUCGACCCGGUCACGCAGGUCGUCGUCCUCGAGGCGCAGGCCGUGUCGCCUCUGCAGCGCCUCGCGACCCAGCUCGUCGACCGCGCCGCACAACUCGCCGACACGAGCGAGCGCUACCUCGACGCCAAGCUCCAGGCGGGCGAGGCGCGCGACGGCGCCGACGGCGCGCAGGGCGGGCCGGGCGGCAGCGGCAAGGGCGAGCGCGGCGAGCGCGCACCGCGGCGUGACGGCGGCGAGCGACGCGGCGGCGGGAGGGGAGGUGCGCGCGGCGGGCGUGGCGGUGGGCGCGGCGGCGGAGCGGCGAGGCAGUUCAACCAGGGCCACCUCGGACGGUCGAUCCAGGUCUGAGCUGAGCGGUGGGGCGCAUGCGCGGUGGGGGGUGGUCGUGUAGCGGGCGACAAACGCCUCGCGCGUUAGAACGUUGUACUCGCAGGAUCCUCUUUCUCUCUCUC